GGACUGACUGGACUGACUGGACUGACUGGACUGACUGGACUUGACUCGAUUCCACUCACGUCCACCGUGUAAACCUCUACUUUAUUUCGUGACGCCUCCUCCUGCUCUCCACCCGUCCACCCGUCCACCUCCUCCUUCACCCGUGACCCGUCGCGGCCCACACGAGCACGCGCACCAGAGACUCAAAAACUCUUGCCCUUUCAUCUAUCCAGACCCGAGGCCUCUGCUGGGCUGCUCAGCUGUUCCCCGUCCUGUGGCAGAGCUGGAGCAAGAGCAACAAGAAGCUCUCGCAAACAACCUUGGGGGGCAAGAGCUCGCACGUGUCCGGCACUCGCCCAACCCCCUCCUCCAACACGCCACCCCGCCUUUUUCGGAUCGGCGCGGAGGAAGCUGGCAGGCCUCUCUCCAAAAGCUUCUUUGUUCACAAAAGACGAGAUAGGAGACACAUUCCGGACCUAGGCCUUUUCAACAAUCGUUCGACAAAUCGGUCCAGCUCUUAUCUUGGGAGGCUCCGUGCCGCGAAGACCGACCCACGCCGACCCCCGGCCGGACUGCCUGGCAAUGGCCAGUUGAGUCGAGCAGAAGGCUCACUCAAGAACCGCUGCACUGGCUGUGUUGUUUCCACCGCCUCAUCCCGUUUUACCUCACCUUGUUCAUGAAUGAGGCCACGCUGUGGCGGUGUUGAGCUUAGCAACGACCCCACUUCCGUGUAUACGGACCAGCCCUCGACCCCGGCCUUCUGGAUCCUAAGCGGAGUAGGGAAAGUUCGCCACGCAGGCGAUUUCUGAGGCGACGCCAAGGCUGGGAGGACUGAGGGCUUUUUGGAUGACUGUAAACUAACGAAACCGCUCUUGCGAAUUGUGUGAUACACCAGCCGGACAAUGGGCGAAUCACUAUCUGCCGCAGCCAUGGCGGUCAUGGCGAUAGAUGCCGAGGAAAUCGAUGCAUUCACCAACGAUCCGGCUAUUUUAGAUGCCCCUGAGAUCCUCGAGCCCGACUCCACGCCAAAGAAGAAGGGAAACCGCGAGAGGCUGCUCCGAGGCCUUCAGCGCAUGUCCUCCUCGCCGUCCUUGGCUCGAACCGGCCGCGCGAGAGCCUCCACCAGCCCGUACCAUGGCCCUGGGAGCUUCUCUUGUGUGAGCCUGGCGACCAAUCCCUCGCCUUUUGGCCAGCCAAGCUCGGGGUAUUUCUCCACGUCUUCCCACGGUGGGCUGUCCACCGCGCCCACGUCUAUCCCUGGUACCCCCAGUCAUGAUGGCAGCGUCGAGCAUGCCCUCGCAACCCGGAAAGUCACCAAUAUCGACAUGGCCGCCUCUUCGACUCUGACCGUCCCGCUGCCAGUGGACCUGAGACCAAAGCGGACCAUCUUCAAUAUUUGGCAACAUCUUCCUCGGGAGAUCAAGAUCCACGUGUUGGCAUUCUUACAGCCCAGGGACCUCGUCCUGGCCUCAGCUGUAAGCAAGGAAUUCCACGAGCUCUGCCACGACGGCCAGCUAUGGACUUCGUUCGAUGCUUCCGAGUUCUAUCAGGAUAUACCGGCAGAGUCUCUCGCCAAGAUCAUCGUUGCUGCUGGGCCGUUCAUCAAGGACCUAAAUUUGAGAGGCUGUGUCCAAGUCGAGCAUUACAAGAGGGCAGAAACUAUUGUCAAGUCUUGUAGGAACCUCAUCAAUGCCACCCUGGAAGGCUGCCGUAACUUACAACGGACGACACUUCACAACCUGGUGAGAAGCAAUGACAAACUCGCCCACCUCAACCUCACCGGCCUCACCGCGGUGACGAAUACGACUUGCAAGCUCAUCGCUCAGUCCUGUCCGUCCCUGGAACUUCUCAAUGUCUCUUGGUGCAAGCACAUGGAUGCCGAGGGUAUCAAAAUCGUGGUGGAGGCCUGUAGGAAGCUCAAAGACCUGCGAGCUGGAGAGGUCAAGGGAUUCGACGACUCGAGCGUUGCGUCGGCCAUUUUCAAGACGAACAAACUAGAGCGGCUGAUAUUGAGCGGAUGCAACGACCUCGACGACGUGACUCUACAAAUCAUUGUCCACGGAACCAACCCCCCGAUCGACAUCUUGACAGACCGACCAAUCGUGCCUCCUCGGAAGCUUCGUCAUCUCGACCUCAGCCGAUGCAAAGCCCUGACCACGCGUGGCGUACAGGCCCUCGGCCAUUGCGUUCCAGAACUUGAGGGCCUGUCAGUGGCCCAUUGCACUAACCUGACUGAUGCGGCCUUGGAGCCGAUACUGGCCACCACGCCUCGGUUGACACACUUGGACCUGGAAGACUGUCGCGGUAUCACCAACCACCUGCUGUCCGAGCAUCUGGCCAAGUCUCCUUGUGCGGCGAAUCUCGAGCACCUGUGCAUCAGCUCCUGCGAGAACCUGGGUGACACCGGGAUGCUUCCCGUGAUUCGCAACUGCAAACGCUUGCAGUCGGCAUACCUAGACAACACCCGUGUCUCCGACCUGGUCCUCGCCGAGGCCGCGUCCAUGGUCCGCAAGCGAGCCAAGAGGACCAACGACCGGACCCAGCGGCCACAGAUCGGGCUCAGCAUGGUCGUGUACGACUGCCAGCACGUCACCUGGACCGGGGUUCGGGAGGUUCUGUGCCGCAACGCAGAGAUCAAGAACCCGCGUUCCGAGGACGGCGAGAGGCUCUCGACCUACCCAACCGAGAUCAUUGCCCUCAAGGCCUUCUACGGGUGGCAGAUGACCAUCGACGAGCAGACGAAGCGCGUCCUGCGUGGCGACCUGGCGGCCGCGAACAGGCUCGAGCGCAAGUGGGCCGAGUACAUGCAGGCGAAUGAGGAGGCCGGCGUGGUGGGUGCCGGCGGCCGUAGGAGGCGCAGGCGGGCGAGGGAAGCGCAGAUGGCGCAUGACGAAGAGGAAGGCGGCGCUGGUGUCGGCCCCGGUGGCGGGAGGAGAAGGGCCCGGACGGCGGCUUGCGCCGUAAUGUGAGCGGGGAUCCCGAGGGGGAACAGAAGGCUGAGACAUCAUUUGACCUCGAAUUAGCGGGAGGCGCAUUUGUCGCAAGACGCACGAGACCGGUCGGUGGUCUUGAUCGACCGGGAUUCCGUGCAAAGGGACACGGAGAUCGGGGCUUGUGCUUGCUUAUACGGCAUCAUUUCCUUGUCAAUUACACGCAUCAGGGACGGGGGUUAUCUGGGGUGGCACAGGAUUGGAUGGAUACUCAGGAGCAUUGCUUUUUUUAUACUGUUUCCAUUAUUCC